UGGGGAAGCUUGGCAGUUGCGCUAUAUUCUAACCCACGGAGGCAGAGUCGGAGGCAGAGGCAGCCGUCUCUCUCUCUCUCUCGGCCCCGUUUCCUCCUAAAGCUCGUAUUUUUAGCUCCCCUGAGCUAUCUUCACUCAUCAAGUUUUCCAGGCUCUCGCCAUGGCCAAUAACACAUGCAAGCUCUGCAGCCGCCGCUUCGCCAGCCCCCGCGCCCUCGCCGGCCACAUGCGCUCCCACUCCAUGGCCGCCUCGAGGUCGCAGAUCUCCUCGGCGUCGUCCGCGUCCACCUCCAUCGCGGCCGGUGGCGACGACGACCCCGACGCCAAGAAUCCCAUCCAGGGGUACGUGCUCCGGGAGAAACCCAAACGCCGCGUCCGCCUGGCCGAGUCCGACUUCUCGGAUCGCGAGAGCGAGACGACGGACUACCCCUCGCCCGGCGCCAAGCGCUCGCACGCCGGAUCGGGGGACCCCGAGCCGGUGAGCUCGGUGUCCGAUGCGGCCACCCCGGAGGAAGAUGUCGCCCUGUCCCUGAUGAUGCUCUCCCGCGACUCCUGGCCCGUGCCGCCGUCCUACCGCGUUGACUCCGACGACGAGAACGACGCCCGCCCGGUCGCCGUGGCAGCGCAGAACCGGACGCGGUACGAGUGCCUCGCGUGCAAGAAGGUGUUUCGAUCGUACCAGGCCCUCGGUGGGCACCGUGCCAGCAACGUGCGCGGCGGCAGGGGCGGCUGCUGCGCGCCUCCGCUCAGCACUCUUCCUCCCCCGGUGCAGCCAUUGCCGGAAUGCGACGGCGGUGAGGAGGGCCCGAAGGUGCAGCCGCACGAGUGCCCCUACUGCUUCCGCGUGUUCUCGUCGGGGCAAGCUCUGGGCGGCCACAAGCGGUCCCACCUCUGCUCUGCUGCCGCCGCCGCCGCCGCCGCCGCCGCAUCAGGCGCUGAUCCCCCGAUCACGAUGAAAAGCGUUGGCUUCAUUGAUCUGAACCUCCCUGCCUUCGAAGACGUGGAGCUCUCCGCCGUGUCAGAUCCCUUCCUCUCGUCGAAGCCAGGUUCUUGAAAGCAAGCAAAACCGAGUGCUUUGUCUCGCUCGCUUUAAACUGAUAAAAAAAAGGAGACAUCCUUGCUUGGGUAGUUUUUUUUCUUAAUUGUUUGCGUUGAUUCAAUCAGCUACAAUAUUGCUGUAGUCCUCCAUUA